AUGAUAGUAGCUGCUCUUUCUCCGAUCUCUAGUCCCUUAUUCGCCCCGUACACAACCGCAUCUCCAUCGAGCAGCCAGCUGAUCUUUCUCAUGGAGCCGCCGCCCCGGCUCUCGUUCUCCAAUAGCACGGGCGCCAGCGUGUCGUGCGCCGCGCACGGCACCCCGGCACCCACCAUCACUUGGCUGACGGAAGAUGGCGUACCGGUAUCUGAUGUUCCUGGACUAAGGGAAGCGCUGCCGAACGGCACGCUGUGGCUCGGCGCGUUCUCGGCGGCGCAGUACCGCAGCGACGUGCACGCCGCCGUGUACCGCUGCCGAGCGGCCGGCACCGUGGGCACAGUGCUGUCGCGGGACAUGCGGCUCGAAGCAGUGAUGGACGUGUCCUGGGACGUGCGCGUGCAGCCAACACACGGCGUGUCGGGCGGUGCCGCGCUGAUGAGCUGCGCAGCGACGGCAGCAGUGCGGCCACACGUCACGGUCACGCGCUGGUUUAAGGACGGCGCUGUGCUGGCGCCCCUAGUCGCCGACGCUGGUGGCCACUUCAUGAUAGGCGGUAGCCGUGGUGACAUUCUGGUGAUCAGGGAAGCCCGACCUGAUGACGCGAGCUCCUACUCCUGUGAAGCCCAGCACGUUUUGACUGGAGAGAAGAGAAGGAGUCCAUCAGCCAUGAUCGCUGUUUCACAUCAAACUGGAAGCAUGGCUCCGCGGAUAUUGACGAUAUCAGAAGACGAGACAGUGCCGCAAGGCGGAGACAUCAGGCUCGUCUGCUGUGCCAUUGGAAGUCCCCCUCCAGCAUAUAGCUGGUUCCGCCACGCCAACGGGAGGCUCAGCCCCGUCUCCAACAGCAUCAGGAUCUCGGUGUCCGACCAAGUGCUGAUCGUGAGACGAGCGCAGCUGUCCGACAGCGGGGUGUGGACCUGCCGCGCGCACAACCAGUACGGCGAGCAGCGCAGAGACGCCCGGCUCAGGGUGCGGACGCGACUGGUCGUCAGUGUUCAUCCGCAGUUACAGGUGGCUAACUCCGGCAGCUCAGUGCAGUUCAACUGCUCAGUGGAGGGCGGGGAGGCGCGGGUGCGCUGGCUGCACGACGGCGUCCCCGUGGGCGGCGGAGAGCGCAUGCUGCGGGUGCACGCGGUGGUGCGCGCCCACCGGGGCAUGUACCAGUGCUUCGCUGAGAGAGACCUGGACAGCGCGCAGGCGGCAGCGGAACUCAGAUUGGGGGACACAGCUCCCGAGCUGCACUACACAUUCAUCGAGCAAGCGUUGCACCCGGGUCCCGCGCUCGCUCUGCACUGCUCAGCUUCGGGCUCCCCACCGCCACGCUUCAACUGGCUUUUGGAUAUGCAGCCUGUGGAAGAACAUAGUACUGCACAAAGGAGUAUAUCCCAAUUCAUGAGCCCCAAUGGAGACAUUGUGAGCUACCUCAAUAUCACUUCUGUGCGUCCUGACGACGGAGGGCGGUACACCUGCCGUGCUCAGAACACGCGCGGCGCUGUCGAGCAUUCCACACGAUUGAAUGUUUAUGGACCACCGUCCAUCAGAAACAUCGGGCCAGUCCGCGUGGUAGCUGGGGUCAACACAACUAUCUUCUGCCCCUACUCUGGAUUUCCAAUCAGUGACAUCCGAUGGCAGCGUGGCGGACUGGACGUGGGCUCGACGGGAAGGGCUUUAUCAGGAAGUGGUGGGGAGCUGCUGCUGUGGCCAGCUGAGCCUGCUGAUGCCGGAGUGUACUCCUGCAGGGUCUCCGCUCCUUCGGGGCAGUAUGCACAGAAGGAUGUGCAAAUUUUCGUUAGGAAUCCACCAAAGAUAGCCGGUUUUUCUUUUCCCGCCGACCUGGUUGAAGGCAGUUCAAUACAAGUGCUCUGCGGCAUCACAUCUGGUGACAAGCCAGUUUACUUCUCUUGGCUCAAAGAUGGUCAGCACGUACCUUCGAACUUACAGGUGCAAGAGAAGUCCUUAGACGAGUUCAGCUUUCUGAUCUUCUCGCACGUGACGUCGAAGCACAGCGGGGAGUACACUUGCGUGGCCAGCAACAGCGCGGCUGAGGUCAACCACACCGCUCGGCUCGCUGUCAAAGUGGCUCCCUCUUGGGUGUAUGAACCUCAAGACGUGUCGGCCUUGCUCGGCACUCAGAUCAUCGUGCACUGCGCCACGAAGGGAUACCCUGAACCAAGGAUAACAUGGUUAAAAGCGCAAGGUUCAAGCUCGACGGACUUCCGGCCGCUGAGCCGGCUGGAGCUGCCGAUGGCGGUGCUGGGCAACGGCUCGCUCAGCGCCGCGGCGGCCGCGCACGCGCACGAGGGCCGCUACAUGUGCCGCUCCGACAACAGCGUCGGCCGCGGCCUCUCGAAGGUCAUCACUGUGUCAGUCAAUGAGCCAGCACACUUCGAGUUCUCGUCCCGCAACAUGUCGGUGCGGCGCACGGCCAGCGCGGCGCUGCAGUGCUCGGCGCGCGGCGACGCGCCCAUACAGCUGCACUGGACACACAACAUGCAGCGACUCGACUUGUCCACGUACAGAGUAUCGGUAUCGGAGAAGCGGUCAGAGAGCGGCGCCAGCUCUACGCUCACGGUGGCGCAUGCGCAGCGGCGAGACUCCGGCGUGUAUCGCUGUCGCGCCGAGAACGCGUACGGACGAGAUGAGCUGCUUAUUUAUUUAGCAGUGCAAGAAUUCCCAGAAGCACCCCGAGGUUUAACAGUGGUACGGCGUGAAGGUCGCGCGGCCCGCCUGUCCUGGAGGCGCGGGUACGACGGAAACGCGCGCCUACGAGCGUACCGCCUGCAGUACCGCGUGGUGGGCGACGCCCGCAGAGCGGCUGACUGGACCGAUGCUCCCACCAGGGACCUGUCUCCAGAUUUACUAAUACAAAGACAAGAUUCACCAGAACCGGACUCGGAAGUCAUUUUGGAAUAUCGAGUGGACGGCCUCCGCCCAGCUACAGCCUACGCGCUACGGUUGGCCGCGGUUAAUGACAUCGGUGACAGCGAAUACUCCGAGUCAGUCAUAGUUCAGACUUUGGAAGAGGCUCCAUCAGAAGCACCACGUAAUGUAGAAGUGCAAGCGGACGCCCCUGGGGAACUCCUAGUUAAGUGGCAGGCUCCAUCCCAAGAGUCGUGGAACGGCGAGCUGCUGGGCUUCGCGCUGUGGUGCCGCGGCGACAACACGUCGCUCGCGCUCACCGUGCCGGGCUGGGCGGCCGCGCACGCGCGCCUGGCCGGCCUGCGCGCGCACGCCAGCUACGAGGUGCGCGUGCGCGCGUUCAACGCCAUCGGCGCCGGGCCCUCCUGCGCGCCGCUCGCUGCCACCACUCUUGAAGACGUACCCGAAGCUCCCCCGCAGCACAUCCGCUGCGAGCCGCUCUCCGCCCAAUCGUUUAGAGUUUGGUGGGAGCCUCCACCUGCAAAAUCGCGCGGCGGACUUCUGCUUGGCUAUGAAAUAAUGUACCAGGAAGCGGGUUCUCUGGACGGUAUUUGGGAGCGGCGUCGCUCGGGCGGGGGCGAGGCGCAAGUGGCCGGCCUGCGUGCGGGCAACUACAGCAUCCGAGUCGCCGCGCGCAACGCCGCGGGGCUCGGCCCACCAGCCGACGCCUACUGCUCCACCCUUGAUGAUAUUCCCGGACCACCCGCAGAUAUAAAAGCUAUUCCAAUCUCUGAAGAUGCUGUUAUCGUGAGCUGGCUUGCGCCAGCGCAGAAGAAUGGCAAGAUCAGACAUUAUACAGUUUAUAAUAGGCCGCAAAGGAGCGGGCCGCACGCGCACGCGCUGGCGCCGCACAGCGCGGAGGAGCAGAUGCUGGAGGUGCGCGGGCUGCAGGAGUCGCAGCUGUACGAGUUCUGGGUCACCGCCGCCACGGCCGCCGGCGAGGGCGAGAUGAGUGCCAUCGUCGCGAAGAAGCCCAGCGCUAGAGCGGGAGCAAAGCUGUGGUCAUUCCCACGCCGGAUAACAGCCGCAGAGGGCACCCGGGUGGUGCUCUCGUGCGGCAGCGCCGGUUCUACCACCCCGAUGCGAGUGUGGAGUCGACGCAGACCCCCCACUCCCGCCACUGAUCCGAGGAUACGGAUUGAAGGGUAUCGACUAGUUAUACCAAAACUGGACGCCUCCCUCAGUGACAACUACACGUGCACGGUGCGCAACAUGUGGGGGGAGGAGCGCGGCACGUGGGAGCUGCGCGCAGUGCCGCCGCCCAGCAGACCGCGUCUGCGGCUCACCAGCGCCGCGACGACGGCUUUGAUUCUUGCGUGGGACGCUAGCGACGCACACAGCUUCACGCUGGAGUACGCGCGUGGCGACGGCGCGUGGCAGUCGGCGUGGGUGGCGGGCGCCGCGCGUGCGCACGCGCUGCGGCGGCUGUCGUGCGGCGCGCCCUACCGCCUGCGCCUCACCGCGCACAACGCCGCCGGCUCGUCCGCGCCCAGCGACGUCCUCACGGCGGCCACCACCGGCGGAGUAUCCAAACCAGCUGAGGAAAAACACCUAAUAUCAAGCAAUAACAGCUGCGUGAAGCUGAACUUCUUAACAUGGGAUAGCAACAGUUGCCCUCUCAUUCACUUCGUGAUAUCCAUCCGAGGUUUCGAAGAGACUGCCUGGAGAUCGGAAACGGUGGGACUAGAGGCUGUACCGACUGCCCUAUGUGGUCUGCCUUCAGCUACGUGGUACCAUUUGAAGGUGGUCGCAUUCAGCACUGCUGGGACUACAACUGCUACAUACUACUUUUCUACAUUGACUGAUGAUGGAGAACAUAUAGCACCCCCUGCCCAGUUUCCGUCAGGGGGGGAAAUCGAUCAAUUGAUGGGAGGUGUAAUGCUUUUGACUGCGGGGAUUGCGGCUUUAGUGUUAGCUUUGUCAUUUCUCGGCAUCUUCGUUUUUAAUAAAAGCACUACAAGUUCAUGCUUUCGUAAGGGUUACGAACAAAGUGGAGUGUCAGAAGAAGACAAAUCUGUAGAGAAAAGGGACAAUAGAAGAAAUUGUCAACAAGUUUACACGUCUUCUCCCAUCAAAAACCUCAAUACAAAGAAAGAACAACAGGAGAUGUACGAGAUCAGCCCGUACGCCACGUUCAGCAUGGCGGGCGGCGCGGGCGGCGCGGGCGCGGGCCCCGAGGCGGGCGGCGGCACGCUGCGCACGUUCGGCCGCGCCGAGCCCGCGCCGCUCAGCGCCGCGCCGCCGCGCGCCGCGCACGCGCACCGCUCGCCCGCACACACCGACGAGUACACGCUGUCGCGCGCCAUGACGCUGAUGGUGCGGCGGACGGAGUCGGACUCGGACUCCAGCGGCUCCCCGUGCGCGGAGUGCAACUCCAGCGUGGCCUACAGGAUGCCGCUGGCGCCGGCCAAGGAAGAAGUGUUCCGCGCGGUGACCGACUCCAGCGCAGAGUCUUGCGCUGGCUCGGGGCCCCGGGACAAGUCUCGGCGAAGACCCAGGCGGCACCACGUGCCUAAUGCUUCCAGAUUUCAACAACAGCGGCAGGAGCAAGAGCGGAGAGAUUUCACGAUACACGUGUAA